CUCUGGUGGCUCAGCCGCCGCAGAAGACCGCGAUGCUGGAUUCCCGAAAACACCGGAAGCACUUCUCGCGAUUGAUCCUAGAUGCCUGAAUGCGACGAACGAGAUGCGCAAAUUAUUUGGAAAUGUCGUGCUGGAAAACUUCGAUCAAGAUACUGGAUCAGGUCGCAGGAGAGAUAGAGGCCGGGAGACGCUUGACUUAGGGCAGGCAUUGACAGGUCGGUACAGUCCUGCCAGUAGGGGUCAGAGUCUGGCAGGCGUGACGCAGCGGCGGAAUGUGCUCAUGCAGGGCAGAGAUGAGUGGCCUCGGUCUCCCAGUGGUGGUCUUGGAAUGGAGCUGGUCGAAAAGCUCCAAAAUGGCUCUACUAUGUACAAGAUUGUGCACAAUUCUUCAUACACGGAUGUGCAGAGACAGUUUGAUAUGUGCGUGGAGUCAAUGGAUCCCCAAAGAAUGAUCCACCUCUUACAAUACAAUCCAUACCACAUCUCUACCCUCCUACAGGUGUCUGAAAUAGCAAAGCAUCAGGGUGAUCAUGCGGUCUCGGCUGACCUACUCGAGCGCGCACUAUUCAAUAUCGGUCGUUCAGCCCAUUCGUCUUUCAGCAACCUUGUUAAGCAAGGCCAGGCAAAACUUGACUUUGUGCAUAUGGAAAACCGCGAGCUGUGGCUGGUUGGCUGGAGGUACAUUGCUAACCUGGGUAUGAAGGGUACUUGGCGGACGGCGUAUGAGUGGGCGAAACUACUGUUGAGCCUCAAUGAGACUGACCCAUACUGCAUCCGGCUUCUUAUCGACCACCUGGCCCUGCGAGGCCGAGAAUAUGCCCAUUUCGUGGAUCUGUGCACACAGACGCGUUUGAGCAAGGAGUGGGAGGCUCUUCCCAACAUCCAGUGCUCGCUCGCGCUGGCCUAUCUACGACUUAACAAACCGAAGGAAUGCCGCGAGCAGCUGCGUCGAGCCAUGUCGCGCUACCCGUGGGUGUUCUGCAAGAUGGCGCAAGAGCUUGACAUCCAGCCCAUGCCCAAGAGGAUCUGGGGCAAGAUGCCACCCACGGACGCCCAUGAACUCUUUACCGAACUCUAUAUUAGCCGUGCCAAGGACCUCUGGAACACUCCCGAAGCGGUUUCUCUGAUCGUAGAAGUGGCCGACACGCUUCCUGACGAAGAAGAGCCUGUUGAACCGCCCGAGAUCUCGCUGGAUAUCGCACGCCAUGUCGUACUGUCCGAUAUCCCUCGCGUCACGACGCACCUGCCAAACCGCUUUGUCGCUGGACGCCUCUCCGCGUCCGAUCCCCUUCCCCCGUACGAGUCGGAAGCCUAUCGUCAGCAGUCCGACCCCACGCCAUCCUACUUGUCGCAGGUACCAGAUGUAGGGCGGCCACAAUGGCUGCGAGACCUGCUUGAUCAGCUGAACAACGGUGCUAUCCAUUUCCCUAGGUUCCAGCGUGAUGGAGAGGAAGUACACGAAGAUGACGUUCCAUCGGAGACCGAAGUUGAGGACAACCGUGCGCCGGCCCACCCCAGCGCCGAUCAGCAACCCGUUCUCGAACAGUGGCUGUUGAAUGACGGGAUGCACACGCUGGAAGCGUUUCUUCAGCAGUACGGAGUUGACCGGGGAAACUGGGGCGAGGUGCUCGACUAUUCCCCACUGACGGAGUAUGUGGAUGGCUUGGAAUUGGUUCAGCCAGAGUCGGAGCGCGAGCGCUUGCUGCAUGGACCGAUUCGGGAGGCGAUGGGAGACAUGGUGGUUUCCAUGCUGGAGGACGAGCUCCAGCUGCUUCAGUACGACGAGGAAGAAGCUUGAUACCCAGGGUGAAAUAUCGCGUGUAACCUAUACAACAUUCAGGAAAAGUAUUUGCUGCAUGGGCAUUCAGAUGGGCUGAGUAGACAGGUUAGAAUAUAG